UUAAUACCGCCGUUGAAUUAAUUCCGUUCCUUCUCACCCGAAAAAAUAAUAAUAAUAAUGAUAAUACAAAUCACAAUGACAAUAAUAACAAUAAAGGAACCGGACAGUCACAGGUCAAUGGAUCUCUCUCUCUUUCUCUCUCUUUUCUUUCCUUUUUUUUUUUUUUUCUUUCUCCUUUUCCCAGGAAAAGGUAAAAACGACAAGAUUAAAUCAAACAAAACGGACCCGUCAGAAAGUUUAAACCAUCAAGCCACAAAAUAAAUAAAUAAACAUUACCACAACGCCAUCCACUCGA